GUUCUCACAAUCCAUUCUACUCGCAUUCGUGUGGCGCACAACAUACACGUAGCUUCGAGUUAGAGAAAUUUGGAAGAGAUUUGUGAAAUAAUCGUAUAUCGUAUUUGAAUCUAACUUGUUUUAUAGUUCGUAAUUACAUGGCAAAUAAGUGUGUAGACAAAAUUUAUGUAAUAUAAUUAAUUGUAUGCUUUGGCAAAUACUCGUACUCAAGUGAAAUAUGCAUUUACUCACUACAAUUUUAAUGGCCUCGGCUAUAUUGCUGGGCUCUCAAGUGCAGUCAUAUCGAAUUUUAGGCAUUCUUCAUACCGGCGCAAGAUCUCAUCAUAUUGUGGGCUCUGCGCUGAUGAAGGGACUAGCGCGUAGAGGUCACGACGUUACGGUAAUUUCACCAUUUCCACUGAAGGAGCCAUUGAAAAACUAUCAUGAUAUAGAAACACCGAUAAUUAAGGGCAUUAUGGAAAGCACAGCACAACAUCUCUUGGAAACAAUCAAAAAAAAUGUUUUUGUAAAUGUAAAAGGUUUUCAUGAAAUGGGCCUUAAUAUGACACGCACUUUUCUACAAGAACCCAAUGUACGAAAGCUGCUUGCCAGUAAUCAAACCUUUGAUGUUGUCAUUUGUGAAGUUUUCCUCUCGGAAGCGCUCUUCGGUCUAAGCGAACACUACAAUGUGCCACUGAUCGGUCUAGGUACCUUCGGUGCUCAUCCCUGGAAUACAGAUUUGGUUGGUUCACCCUCACCACCUUCGUAUGUGGCAAGCGCAAUGUUGCCCUUCCGUGACCAUAUGACAUUAUGGCAACGUGUGGGUAACUUGGCAUACAACACAUUUGAACGUUUACUGCUCGAUCUCUAUUAUUUGCCAAAACAAGAAGCUAUAUACAAGGAAUUCUUUCCCAAUAACAAACGCGACAUGUACGAGGUGCGUCGCAAUACAGCCUUAGUAUUGCUCAAUCAACAUGUCUCACUCAGUUUCUCGCGUCCCUAUGUGCAUAAUCAAAUCGAGGUUGGCGGUAUGCACAUCAAUCGCAAGCGCUCACCGCUACCAGCUGAUUUGGAGAAGUUUAUCAAUGAAUCAAAGCAUGGCGUAAUCUAUUUUUCGAUGGGCUCGAAUUUGCGUAGCAAAUUUCUACCGCUAGAAAAGCGUCAAAUAAUACUUGACACAUUCCGUGGCUUGAAACAGCGUGUGCUGUGGAAAUUUGAAGAUCCCCAACUGGAAGGCAAGCCGGAUAAUGUUUACAUUAGUUCAUGGUUCCCGCAGGAUGACAUAUUGGCGCAUCCGAAGGUGAAAUUUUUCAUCACUCACGGUGGUUUGUUGAGCACUACAGAAUCCAUUUACCACGGCAAACCCUUUGUGGGUAUACCGAUCUUCGGCGAUCAAUUUCUAAAUAUGAAUCGCGCCGAAGCAAGUGGUUAUGGCAUACGUGUGGAUUAUACUAAUUUAACAAGAGAAAGCUUCAAAUCUGCCAUCGAGCGUAUGCUAUCCAACGAUAGCUAUGCGAAGCGUGUAGCAGAAGUGUCUGCUAUUUAUCGCGAUCAGCUCAUGGAUCCGCUCGAUUUGGCUGUCCACUGGGUGGAGUAUGUGGUGCGUCAUAAAGGUGCAAAGCACCUACACUGUGCAGGUCAAGACUUAAGUUUCAUAGAAUACCACAGCAUUGAUACUAUGCUGAUAUUGUUUGGGGGCGUGUCCACGGUGAUCUUACUGUUAAUGUUGCUGAUUCGUGCCGCAUGGCGUUGGUUGCAGUUUGCACUUGCACGUAAGGAUAUCAAGCAGAAGAAGCAUUAAGCAAGUGUUAAUUAAUUGUUAAAUAUUUAUAAUGACUGCAGCUGAAGUAUAAUUGUAAUAUGUAGAUUUGAAAAUAAUUUGUAAGUUAUGUGUGGUUGUUUACAAGUGGUUGAUAUUUAAGCAAAAAAAAGACAAAUGUAAAUAAAUAAUAAUAAAGCAAUGUCCCUCA